AUGGCACGGUGCAUGAAGAACAUCGGCAAAGGACUAUUUGCAGCCACCAAGGUGUUGAUAUGCUUGUGCCUGGUGACGCUGCUUGUCAUGUCAUCUGAAGAGAUGGGAUCGGAAACCUGUGAUAAAGAUUGGAGCCUGACAUGGGACAACAGCUCAUGUAUCCUUCACGGCACCUGCAACAAGCCCUGCAGAAGAGAGAACUUUGAGCGCGGCAUCUGCAAAAAACUCUUUCAUUGCAUGUGCUACAGACACUGCAACAUUGAAUCCAUCUAG